AUGCGUUCGAACUCGAUUCGUCAGCUCCAUGCAUUACUGGUUCACUGGACAUGCAUCUCUCAUAUUCACUGUUACGGUGUGGAAGAAGCUGGGGUGUUGGAAGCAAUUAAAGAAGAGCUUGCUACUUUGCAAGAGGAUGACCCGUCCUCAAUGUACGUGGUUGUCAACUGUUUUCUUUCAAAUGGUUCGCUUAAGCUGCUGAUUGAUGAGAUCAUUAGAGAACUGAACCUAACUCAUCAUGAAAAAGUGGACACAGUAGAUGCGUUGGCAAACUUUUUGGGGACCCAUCUGUUUUCAACCAAAUAUCGUGUUAAACUAACUAUUGUCCUUGAUCAAGCGCAGCUGUUGUCGUCCUUCCAAACGUCAGCUGUUAAGAGUCUUUUUUCUCUUCCAAAAUCGAUGUCAGUAAUUGGCCGACAUGUCGGAGAAGAGCCAUUGGUUCGCUUUGUAACGCAUAGUGAGAUGCCUUGGGAGCGAAUUGGAGUGUUAAAUACGGUGUCUACACCGGUAUCUAUAGGAUUCGAAAAUCUUUCCGAAGUUCCAAAGGUAUUUUUACAGGUACGUAUCGCAUGUGACAAAUAUUCGAAAAAGUAUGGUGAUAUCAGUGAAAUUAAAAACAUGAAGUUGCUGCCUAUUCUGGAAGCAUUGAAUGAAACUGAUUGCUUUCGGGGAGACGAGAGUGCUCGAGAUACCCCUAUAAAUCUUCCAAUAAGUGCCAAGUAUCUUCUCGUCGCCUCAUUCUGCGCUAGCUAUAAUCCUCCAGCUACAGAUAGGAGAUAUUUCGUCAAGUUCCACGGUAAGGAGAAACGUUCCGAAGCGCGAGAAAGAAGAGCAGAACAAGCAGCUGAACAGCGAGAUAUUGAAGCAAAGCCAGCAGACUUACAGCGCAUGAAGUGUAUUUACUUGGCACUAACAAACUUGUAUCCUGUGAAAGACAUUAAUAUGGACAUAGACGUUAAUCCACAGAUUGCCACUUUAUGUGAGAGUGGCUUGUUGGCUCGUACGACAAGCGCUACGAAUCUCGACCAACCGAAGUUUCGAUGCAUGCUUUCGUUCGAAAACGUGAACGAGAUUGCUCAGUAA